AUGCGCGCCGAAGUUAUUCUCGCUGCCGCUGCUGCGCUGACCAGCACGGUCGGCGCCAGCCCCGUUGAGCCCCGGGCCAAUGCUGGCUCUAAGAGCUCUGUCGCCAACUUCAAGGACAAGAUCAAGACCGUUGUCUGGCUUAUCAUGGAGAACCGCUCCGUCGACAACCUCCUUGGUGGCCAGAAAGUUGAGGGCUUGAACAACCCCAUCAUGAAGGGGCCAUUCUGCAACCCUCUGAAUGUCACCAAUCCUCACCAUGACAGCGUCUGCACCGAGCCAGCUGACUAUGACUCGAUCUUGAACGAUCCCGAUCACUCUGUACACGGCAAUAACAUUCAAUUCUACUCUACCUUUACUCCUGACAAUGCCGCGAUUGCGGACGGCUCUCUGAAGCCGACCAUGAGAGGCUUUGUUCACGAGCAGAUUCGCCUGUACGGGCAGAAGGUCGACAGCAAUGACACCCUCAUCAAGCAGGUUAUGGGCUACUAUACCGAGGAGCAGGUCCCUGUUAUCACGGCUCUGACUCACGAGUUCACAGUCUUCAACCGCUGGCACUCUGACCACGCUGGUCCUACCAACCCUAAUCGGUUGUUUGCCACGUCUGGUACUUCUCACGGAAAGGGAACUAACAACUUCGACUACAACACAAUUCCCACCCGCUCUAUUUUCCAGACUGUGGAUGAACUUGGCCUCAGCUGGAAGAACUAUAUCAUUGACACCGGGAUGCAAGAUUCAGCAUGGUUUACUUGGACUCAUGACAACAACAAGACCGACCAUAUUGUCUCUAUGGAUGAAUUUUACGCUGAUGCUGCUGCUGGAACUUUGCCCAAACUGACCUAUCUUAACCCUAACUGCUGUGGAGUGGGCACCACCUCAAUGCACCCAGCUGGCUUGAUCAGUGAUGGCGAACAGUUCUUAAAGGACAUCUACGAGGCUCUUCGCGCUGGACCUCAAUGGAACGAGACCCUCUUUGUACUUAGCUUCGACGAGACUGGUGGAUUUGCGGACCACGUCCCGCCCCCACUGGCCGUGCGCCCUGAUGACCUGACUUACACUGAGACUGUUCCCACUGGUGAGAAUUACACAUUCGAGUUCAACCGUCUAGGUGGUCGUGUACCCACCUUCCUAAUCUCGCCCUGGGUUGCUCCGCGUGUUGUACAACAGGGUCUGAACCGUGUUGGUGAGACUGGUGCUUACUCCGCCAGCUCCAUCAUCAGCUCCCUCAGCUACCUGUGGGACUUUGAGCCUCUCACUCCUCGUGUUGAGCAUGCUCCUAGCUUUGAUCACCUGAUUUUGUCUGAGAUGCGGGAUACUCCAGAGAAGCUUCCCGAGGUUAUCAAAUUCCGUAAGGAGAAGGCUUAG